AUACAUUGAUGUUGACUCCGAGGGCCACACACCCACACAAUGAGAAUCCAUGGCGGAGAGGAGAAGCAGCUGCUCCCAGCAUUGACAUCCCCCUGUGAAGUGCCCCCUGCCCUGGAGGAGGCCAGACCCCUCAUCUGAUCUGUGGCCGGAACUUUCUGCACCCGGGGGUCCGCUGUCACUGCUUUACCUAUUAUUGAGGCUGGAGGUGAGUUCCCGGCAGCCUGUAAGUGACCCGGGCAGGGGCUGGGCUCAUGGACUUGUCUCCACCGCCUCUGGGCUGUUUGAAGGAAAGCUCUUGAAGCCCCCUCGGCUGACAUAUUGGGGAAGUGGUCUCAGCAGCCAUGGCGUUCACCUUCGCUGCGUUCUGCUACAUGCUGACUCUCGUCCUCUGUGCUUCCCUCAUCUUCUUCAUCAUCUGGCACAUUAUUGCGUUUGAUGAACUUCGAACAGAUUUUAAGGUUCCUAUUGAACAAGGAAACCCAUCCCGAGCAAGAGAAAGGGUUAAGAACGUGGAACGGAUUUGCUGCUUGCUCAGAAAGCUCGUAGUACCAGAAUAUUGCAUUCAUGGCCUCUUCUGUCUCAUGUUUAUGUGUGCUGCUGAAUGGGUUACUUUGGGCCUUAACAUACCACUGCUAUUUUACCACCUGUGGAGGUAUUUCCACCGACCUGCUGAUGGUUCAGAAGCUAUGUUUGACCCAGUGUCCAUAAUGAACGUGGACAUUCUGAAUUAUUGCCAGAAGGAGGCUUGGUGUAAACUGGCAUUUUACUUGCUGUCCUUCUUUUAUUACCUGUACAGGGUGGGGGCCACUGUACGUUAUGUGAGCGCCUAGGAUGCUGUGCUUCUUCUG